AUGUUUGGUGGUUUACUAAUACUAUUUUUCCGGUUAGGACCCGGCGUUGUGCACCCGUUUCGGGCAGCACUUGCCUCGUGGUCGAUAAGAAUGGUUUUACUUACAGUCAAUACUUACAGUCAAGUUGUAGUAGCGUUGAUCGGGUUGGUGAAGAUGAGUGAGCUCGUUGUCGCGUUCGUCGUGGCGGCGGUCAGGCGGCGCGGUGGUCAGCACUGUGAUGCGGUGGUCAGCACUGAUGCACUUGAUUGA